AUGCCAUACAACACCACAGCGAUUCCUCCUCGAAAGGAGCCCACAGGCCAGAACCAGCUUCCCCUUUCAAGAGUUAAGAAGAUCAUCGCACAAGACCCGGAGAUUGGUCUAUGCUCUAACAAUGCAGCUUUCGUUAUAACCCUCGCCGCCGAGAUGUUUGUCCAGCACCUCGCAGAAGAGUCACAUACCUGUGCCAAGCUAGACCGUAAACCCCGUCGAAACAUCCAGUACAAGGACGUUGCGAGCGCCAUCUCACACCAUGACAACCUCGAGUUUCUCGAGGACGUUGUGCCAAAGACAAUUCCUUACAAGAACAUCAAAGCUUCCGCCAAGGCGACACAGGCUCGUCUCCGGGGUGAUAACAACAAUAACCAGACCAUCGAGUCUGCUAUGGCAAACGGUGCCAACAAGUCUAUUGUUAACGGCAACUCGAUGGGUGCCUCUGCUCAUCUUAAUGACGUGCAGGAUGACCCGAACUCGCAGCUGGAGAUGGAGUCAAGACAGGCGGAUGGUGCGAAUCGGGACGGAGAUGUGGCCAUGACUGGCUAG